AUGUCAGAACGUUACGGUUGCCUGAGAAAACUAGAGUUUCUUCGGAAGGAAAUGGAAAGAUAUCAAUGCGACAUAUUAUCAGAGAUGCGUUGGACAGCACUGAAUGGUAGUGAAAUCAUCUGGUUGCGAAAUGACACGAGGCAUGAUGCUGACUUUGUAUUUCUGCUUAGCAAAAGAGCGCGAGCAGCAUUGUUAUGUUACAAUCCAGUUAGUGCGAGAUUAACGACGGCAAGGUUUGAAGCAAAGCCACUCAAUAGCAGCGUAGGUGAGAUUGAACUCUUCUAUAAAGAUCUAAGCAUGAUAGUAGAGAAAACACCGCGGAGAGAUGUGAUCAUCAUUGGAGAUGACUGGAAUGCUAAGGUUGAAAAUAAUAAUGGCGGUUGGGAAAGACAAACAAACAAUAGAAAAUGGACGCGGAGAUCAAGUGAUGGAACAACAAGAAACAUAAUUGAUAUGAUUUUGAUGCAAAGGAGAUGGUCAACAUUAGUUCGACAGUGUCAAACCUUUCAGGGAGCGGACACGGAUUCUGAUCGCAGCUUAGUCAUUACGAGCAUAAAGAUAAAACUGAAGAGGAAAGUUAAUGCAAAUUUCCAAAAGAAAAAUGACAUUUCAAAGCUAAACGAUGAGAAAAUAGCGAGCAUACAUAGAAAUACACUGGAGAAGGAGAUAAAAAGCCUAGACAGGAUGGAACAGCUAGACACAAGAGUGGAAGAAAUGACAAAGACAAAACAAAAGCUGACCCUACCAGAAGAUGAAAACGUCGACAAGAAACGGAUCACACAAGAGAUCCUAAAGCUUGUCCAAGAGAAAAGAGCUCUUAGAAGAGACAUUUCUGAAGAGCUGGAAAAACAUUAUAAGGUAAAGUGCGAUGAAGCGAAAAAAGCAGUUAGAAUGGAUAAAACGAAAUGGCUAGAGGAUCAGUGUAGAAACAUAGAAAAAUAUUAUGGAGAAUGCGAGACUAGAAAAGUAUGUAAGAUGAUCAGAAAUGUCAACAAGAAAUGGAAACCAAAGCAAAUGGCAAUCAAAGAUAAGAAGGGAGAGGUUUUAGUGGACAGGGUGAAAGUCCUACAGAUGUGGACAAGUUAUUGCUAUGAACUAUAUAAAGAAACGUUAGAUACAGAUGUAUUAGAUAAUCCAGUAGAUGAAUUAAGGAAGAUAUCGCCACCAAGUGUCGAAAAUGAUAUUACGAGGGAGGAAGUUGAAAGGGCAGUGAAACGGUUAAAAGACAAUAAGAGUCCCGGACAUGGCAAAAUCAUAGGAGAAACGAUUAAGCAUGGAGGAGAAAGCUUAAUUGACGAGAUACACCAAGUAUGCAAUGAGGUAUGGAAACAAGGAAAGAUACUUAGUAUCAGUAUUGGCGACAAUACAUGA